GACAGUUGACGGUAAAUGGCUGGACUUUUAGUAAAUAAAGUCCCUUUUAAAUGCUUUUUGUUUUCUUUUUAAGUUGAAUGUGAUAUAAUUUUAGCUGGAGCUUUGAUUUUAGCAAAAUUAUUAGUGUGAAAUGUAUUUACAAACUGAGAAUGUCUAGCAGCAGCGACUCGGAGGAAUUUUACGAUGCAGAGGAUAUCACUCCCAAUCACGGUACAAGAAACAAAUCUAGGAAAGUGUCGAAUGAAAGUCUUACAAAAAGGUCUAGUUCUGUUCCGAAUUUUUUAGCAGCCAAAGACAAUAAUUCAAACAACCAAAAUGAAAAUGCCAAAAGUUUUGAAGAUAAAAACGACAAUGUAUUUACAGCACCACAAAGUACAUUUCCAUCAAGCAAUAGACGCAAAUUUCAAGAACUUCGUCAGAAACUAAACGAUGAUGAAGAACUUGGUGUCAAUGUCACACCUUCAAAUAGUCAAACAUCUUCAGUUGAAGGUGUGUAUGCUGCUUCGAGUAGAACAUCACAUCCUUUUAGGGUGAUAGAACAAGAUACUAUGAGUUUGCAAAGUCUUAAUUCCGUAAGAUUAAUGAGAGUCCUAAACAAUACUUCUGAUAAUACAAGGAAAACAAUGUCAGUGUCAGCUCUAUCUUCAAGUUCUCUAGAUUCUGAAUCGACUCAAAGCUCAAAAAAAUAUCCCAGUACCUAUGCUUUAUCUUCUACAGGUACCAAGCAAUUUACAACAGACUCUGAAAAGUCCACUCCUCUUCAAGAACCUGAUGUUAUUGCUAGCGCUAAAGCUUCUGGUUCAGUCCAGCCAAAAAUUUCACAAAAUUCUGAUAUACCAGUAGCACCACCGAGGCGUAAAAAGAAAAAUAAGAAUGCCAGUAGUUUGUUAAUUUUGACUAAGUCAGCUUCUAGUGCUGCUUUCCCAUCCGCUAAUUUGGCUAGUCCCGCUAGUACGAUAGAAUCCUUGACCCGCGAGUUUGAACACUCUUUAGACAAACUUCCAUCUGUAUCAACAAGCAAGUCAUACAAAUCAGAUAAGGUACUGAUGGCGUCUGAUGACUCUAAAAGUUCUACCUUAAAAUCUGGUCACAGUUUAGAUAUAUCGCAGGUUUCGAAAGGACAAUUUGUCGUUAAACCCCUGGAUAGUCAGAGUAUCAAAGGGCGUAUACCAUCACAUAAACUACCUAUUCUACCUACUAUAAGUGUCUUAGAACAUACACUUUCAGGACCUGAAAGGUUGACAACUCCUUCAGAAGACAAUUCUAGUACUAUCAGCAAGGCCUCAAAUAGAAGCAGCGUGGGACACUAUAGUUUGGGUCCACAUAGAGGGACAAAUCAACCGUCGAGCCGUCACAAUUCGAAAGAUCGUCGAAAAUCUGCCGGGGAUGAAAAUCUCUUGUAUCCGAAUAAUAUGAAAGUCCGAACGCACACGGACUCCGGGAAACAACUGUCAGAUUUGGAAAUAUUGGAACAAGUGACUGUUUUAAAUCUGGACACAGGUGCAUAUUAUUUUAUACAAGCAGGUGAAAGGGUACCAUUAAGUGUAGCCGAGGAUAAACUACCCCAGUGUAUUAACCCAUUGUCCCUCCAUAUUAUGAGGUUAACUUCGGAAUAUGUCAGUUCUUCAAGCAUGGAAAAAGAAAAGGAAAGUGAUGAGGAGAGUGUGGAUAUCAAGAAAUCUGAUAUACCAAUCGUUGAUGAGAAUGAACAUGCAGGUGUCAGAAAAAGAACGGCCAAACUAAAGAGGUUCCUAGGGAAUAAUGUAAAGAAAGCCAUGCACAAAGCCAAAAGUAUUGCCCAUGAAGUGUCACACGCGAGGCAUAAAGAAGAUAUUAUUGAUAUCGUAGACAACGUGCAUCCUGGAGAGCAAAACUGCAAGCUAAAGGCCUCGAAUUCCCAUAAAGGACCGUAUGAGUUUGAAAAAAUCGAACAUAUUCAGGAGCUGAAAGACGAACUAAGCGAAGGUCCUAUAUGGUGCAUGAAAUUCUCUAGUUGCGGUCGAUUGCUAGCCACGGCUGGACAAAGUAAAGUGCUUAGGAUAUGGGUUCUGAAAGACGCGGUACCUUUCUUUCAGGACAUGAGAACGAAAUAUAAUGCACAAAAAGUAUCUCCAACGCCUUCACAGGAGUCUCUAGGCUCACAUAAUUCGGCAGACUACACAAACUUGGCAGCACUGGAGGCGUUAAGUUCCGACGAAGCAAGCAGAAUUAUUUUUAUGCCAAAACCUUUCUGUACCUAUCUAGGACACACCUCCGAUCUUUUGGACGUGUCUUGGUCUAAAAAUCAUUUUAUACUGUCGUCUAGUAUGGAUAAAACUGUUAGGUUGUGGCAUAUAUCGAGAAAGGAAUGUUUGUGUUGUUUUCAACAUAUCGAUUUCGUAACAGCAAUCGGUUUUCAUCCAAAAGACGAUAGGUACUUCCUUAGUGGUUCCUUGGAUGGUAAGCUGAGGUUAUGGAAUAUUCCAGAUAAAAAGGUGGCGGUGUGGAACGAAGUUGAAGGUAAUUCAAAGUUGAUAACGGCUGCGAAUUUCUGUCAAAAUGGUAAAUUUGCCGUCGUGGGUACAUACGACGGCCGAUGUAUAUUUUACAGCACUGAUCAACUGAAAUACCAUACUCAGAUACACGUGAGACCGUCAAGAGGCAGAAAUGCCAUAGGCAGAAAAGUCACUGGAAUUGAGCCUAUGCCCGGUGAAGACAAAAUACUUGUCACUUCGAAUGACAGUAGGAUUCGGCUCUACGACCUUAGAGAUCUAAAUGUCUCUUGUAAAUACAAAGGAAAAGGAUAUGUAAAUAGAAGCAGCCAAAUCAAAGGAAACUUUAGUCACGACGGAAAAUAUAUAGUGAGCGGUUCAGAGAAUAGGGAUAUUUAUAUUUGGAAAACGAAUCAUGACUAUUCAAAGUUUUCAUCAGUUAGGAGAGACAGAAACGAUUUCUGGGAAGCCAUAAAGGCACACAACGCUGUGGUCACGUGUGCAGUUUUUGCGCCCAACCCUGAGGUCAUAAUCAAAAUGUUGGAGGAUAAUCAAAAUAGAAACAGUAAUCAUGGUGAAGACACCAAUAAGGUGGAAGACCCACUGGUGGAACAACAUACCAAAGGCUGUGGAGGAUAUGUUCUAAUUUCGGCAGAUUUCAACGGUUGUAUUAAAAUUUUCGUCAACAAAACCAAGCCAAAGCAUAGUUCAUUACCUGUUUCUGCCAUGGCGUGAAGUACAGUACAAUUAACUCUACAACUUUAAAUAAAUAUAACUAGUCAGACUUGCUUUUUAUCUGUCAAAUAUUAAAAUUACCAGCAAAACAAUAAAUUUAAAAUUUAGAACGUUUUUAGAGUAUUUUUAGUUCUAAUUCUCAAGAAAAAUAAAUCAAACAACUUCAAAUAAAAAUUUGAUUUCACCGUCUGAAUAAUUAUAUUUAUCUUAUGCUGUAUUAAAAACACUCGGUAUUAUGUAGAUAGAAAGUGUUCUUGUACAUAUUUAUUUGCCACUUUUAAUUUUACUCUAACCUUUAUUGACUAAUCAUUCCAUCAUACCCUACGACCGAAAAAAAAAGCGUCACAGUGGCCCGUGAAAUAAUAAAUUCUGUCAUUUAUUUAAUUUUUUUUAAUAUUCAAAAAUAUAUCAUUUCAAGGGUCACUGUGACGUUUUAUUUAAGGUAAGGCACUUGAUACUAAUGUAUUCUAAAAAUUAACGACAAUGCUAAGUUAAUAAAAACGGCACUACAUUACUUGUAGGAUUUUCGACACUUUUUUUAAAACAAAAACGUUCCUUAUGACAACUAAAACAGGUGAUUUUUACAAAAAUUAAUUUUAAAUGUUUAAUAUAUUUUAAUUGUUUUAGUGGAGUGGCAUAUUGUGAAACUUUUAGAUUAUUUUAUGGCCAGAUAUAUUAAUGUUAUAAAUAUAUAGUUACGAAAA